AUGUUGAGCUUGGGAUGCUCGCGUGGUCUCGCGCCGUCUCCAGUCCGCUGGAAGGGAGCUGCUUUUCCUCCGAGACGGGCAGAGGCUGCGCAGAGACCGUGCCGGCCUACCCUCUCCGUGCUGGCCGCUGCGGCAGUGCCUGUGGUGAGUUCGAGUAGUGUGCCACCUCAAAGACGCGCUCGCCGGUGGCCAACUGGCCACGUGGUACGACUGCGGCACUUGGAGACCAAGCAUAGUUUUGAGUUCAUUAUCGAGAGGCGUUCGCAUGCCGUACUUCUGAGUUCUCCGCUUGCUCCGUUUGAGCGAGUGGCAUUGCCAGCCGUCCUGCCUGAAACAGGUGUGGGACCGGACAUCCUGGACCUAAAUGUGGCUAGGGCCAGUGGAAACGACAAGGACUGGCCCCUGUUUUGGUGUGUCAGCAGCUGGGACUCUGAUGGUUCUCUCUGCCUGGAGAUCAGCAGCGCUAGGAGGCCUGACCUGGUGCUGUCGGCAAGCAUAGAUGGACAGCUGGUUCUGCAAAGGCGGCCAAGCAGCCAUCUGGGAAGGAAGGCAAGCAGCACGUUCGUCGAAGUCUUCUGCCAGGAGCACCUUCACGGUGCUGCGGCUGCGUCUGCUACAGUGUCUGCUACACCGCUCCGCAGGUCGGAGUCCGAAGAAGUGCAGAGUUUGGCACCGUCGCGCAGCUUGCUGCCAGAAGAUUUGCGCUCUUUCGCUCGAAACGGCUAUGUCGUCGUCAAGAAGGCAGUCCCGGACUUCCUGUGGCGACCUGCCUGUGCGCUUGUUCAUUCGGAAAUUGGCAGCCACGGCAUGAUCCAGGGCGGCGACACGAGCAACUCAGGCUUCGAGUCUGUGGGGAAGCUCCAGGGCAAGACUCCACAUCGUGCUCAAUUCCGAGACCUUCUGCUCCACCCGUCGAGUGCUGCAGGCUCCUGCGCCGCUCAGAUGCUUGGAUGGCGGUCGAUAUCAGCUGUGCUGAAAGGGCGUCAGCUUCCCGCCCAGGUAGCGCUGAGAUUUCCAGAUGCCAUCUUGGCAGAGGAGAAGGCCAGAUCCUGGGCAGCUCCGUUGCAGCUGGGUGACCUUUUGUGGCACACAGACGGUUGCAGCACGCGCCAGUGCAGCCGGCAUCCGUUCAGCUUGCUGGUAGGUGUGGCCCUCACAGACACACGGCAUGCCGAAAAGCUGUGUGGAAACCUGUGUGUUUGGCCGGGAUCUCAUGCCCAUUUGCGCCGAGAGCCAGCCCUGAAGAUCUGUGACGCUGGAUCCGAUGCUGCAGCGCUUUGCCGCGAAGGAGCUGCCUUGCGAGGAUAUGAGGGGCUGAUGCCAUGUCCUCCAGAUGCCGAAGCACCGGGGCAAGCACUGCCUCUGGACCUGCGUGCUGGGGACUGUGUGAUACUGCACCCUCAUACGGCCCAUGCAGCAGCGCCCAGGUAUACCCCCAGCGGCAUACGGAUCAUGGUCUAUUUUCGGCUGCGGGCAACUCCAGCGAUGGCGAGACCGGAGCCAGAUGAUGAAGCGAGCGAAUCCUGUCGGCAGGUCUUUUUCGAUCUGCCUGGAGUGGCUUCUGCUCUCGGCGAGAACCGGUGGUCAGAGUUCCUGCGUGCAGCUGCCAGCCACGGGGACACGAGAAAGAAAAUCUGCAUGCCGCAUGCUUCCGACACAAGAGCCUAG